AUGGCCACCAUAGUGUACGUGUGGCUAGUUCUUGCUUGUCCUCAGCCUUGGUAUCCUCAGCAUCUAGCAGUCCCUAUGGCCAACUUGACAAAGAACAAUGAAGAUGACUCUGGACAUCCAUUUGAUGGGGCAAGGCUGCUAGAUUUUGCAAUUCUUAGACCAUACUUGCAACAUCCUGCCGUCAGUCAUGACCCAAGCCCUUCUUCUUCCUUGAGAAGGGAACUGAGGAGAUCAAUGGAUAUGGCAUUUUUGUUUUUCGGGUUUUUAGCUCUUUUGGUGCUGGUUCAUGGGCUGCAGGAUCAAUCAGGAUUCAUAAGCAUUGAUUGUGGGAUAGCUGAGGGCUCAGACUAUAAGGAUAAUACCACUGGCCUGCUUUACACUUCGGAUGCAAAAUUCAUAGACACUGGAAUAAAUGGGAAGAUUUCUUCAAAGUUCACGUCUGCAACUCUUAUACCACAGCUCACAAAUGUUAGAAGCUUCCCAGAAGGAGCCAAGAAUUGUUACACCCUGAGACCGAAAAAUGGCAAAAAUAAUAAUUAUUUGAUCAGGGCUUUCUUCAUGUAUGGAAAUUAUGACUCCAAGGAUCAACCUCCAGAAUUCAAACUACAUCUUGGUGUUGAGGAGUGGGACACAGUUAACAUUACCCAUUCAGAUAAAAUUGUCAGGAGGGAAAUCAUUCAUGUUCCAAAGACAGAUGACAUAUAUGUCUGUCUGGCAAACACUGGGUCUGGGACACCUUUUAUAUCUGCGUUAGAGCUGAGACCACUGGAUAAUUCCACUUAUACCACCGAAUCUGGAUCACUGGAACUCUUUACAAGGGUUGACGUUGGAUCAACAACAAAUGAAACAGUCAGAUACAAAGACGAUGUUUUUGAUCGCAUUUGGGAUCCCGUCAGCUGGGAUUAUUGGGCUCCCAUCAAUUCAAGAUAUGUUAGUGGCACCUUAAGUAACAAUGAGUACAAACCUCCAUCCAAUGUCAUGUCUACUGCUGUGAUUCCAGGCCUCGAUUCCCUUUCCUUGGAGUUUUAUUGGGAUACAGAUGAUCCUAGUCAACAGUUUUAUGUGUACAUGUACUUCGCUGAGGUUGAGCAACUGGAAGCCGGCGAGUUGAGAGAAUUCAAGAUCUCACUGAAUGGUGGCUCAUGGAGAGGGCCUAUUGUUCCAGAAAAGAUGAUUCCAACUACUAUAUGGAACACCGACUCUAUAAGUGCUCCUGGUAGUCUAAAUUUUAGUAUUUCUAAGACAGAUAACUCCACACGUCCUCCCAUUCUCAAUGCUUUGGAGAUAUAUUCGGUAAAACACUUCUUACAAUCACCAACUGGCCAAAAUGAAGUUGAUGCUAUCAAGAAAAUCAAGUCAGUGUACAAGGUGAUGAAGAGUAGCUGGCAAGGAGAUCCAUGCAUCCCCAGAGAUUACUUAUGGGAUGGCCUGACCUGCAGUGACAAUGGCUAUGAUGCUCCCAGUAUCAUCUCACUGAACCUUUCUUCGAGCAAUUUGACCGGGAGGAUCGAUGGUAUAGUUGUUGCUGCCAAACCUAAUGAUCUAGAAGAGAAGAUAAUGAGGCAGAAUAACAGGAACGUUAGUUACUCUGAGAUUGUAAGCAUCACUGGUAACUUCCAACAGGUGAUUGGGAAAGGAGGGUUUGGAAAAGUUUAUAGUGGCCAUUUAAGUGAUGGUACUCAAGUUGCUGUCAAGAUGCUUUCAUCUCCAUCAAUCCAUGGGUCUAAGCAAUGUAGGACUGAGGCUGAGCUGUUAACAAGAGUUCAUCAUAGAAACUUGGUUUCUCUACUCGGUUACUGUGAUGAGAGUCCAAACAUGGGGCUCAUGUACGAGUACAUGGCUAAUGGGAAUUUACAAGAGUGUUUGUCAGGCACUGUUAAGGAUGCAUCCGUCUUGACUUGGGAACAAAGGCUUCGAAUAGCAAUAGAUGCAGCACAAGCACUGGAAUAUUUGCACAAUGGUUGCAAGCCACCAAUAAUCCACAGAGAUGUUAAGACUGCCAACAUUUUGUUGGAUGAGAAAUUGCAAGCCAAAGUAGCAGAUUUUGGGUUGUCCAGAUGCUUGACCCCUGAAAAUGGGAAUUGUUUAUCUGGGAGUAAUUUUUCAACUGCAAUAUCUGGAACGCCUGGAUACCUCGAUCCUGAGUAUUACACAUCCUUAAGGUUGGAUGAGAAAAGCGAUGUUUAUAGCUUUGGGAUUGUUCUGUUGGAGCUUAUCACUGGCCAGCCUCCGAUAAUAAAGCAGGGCGAAGAAAGCAUGCUUCACAUAGUCCAAUGGGUCAGUCCCAUUAUUAAAAGGGGGGAGAUUAGAGACAUAGUAGAUCAGAGGUUACAGGGAGAUUUUGAUAUCAGUUCUGUCGGGAAAGCUAUAGAUAUAGCAAUGGCUUGUGUAACCUACAGCUCCACCACAAGGCCGACCAUGAGUCAUGUGUUGCUGGAAUUAAAAGGCUGUUUGAACAUUGAGAUAGCCCCUGAAAGGACGCGGAGUAUGGAGGAAGACAAUGAGAAACAAGCAAACGAUUCGCUUGAAAUGAUUUUUGUUAGCACAGAAAUUCCAAAGGGUCCUCAGGAAAGGUAG